AUGUUAACAUACACAGUCAUGAUAGACGAGUAUCAGACUAUUGAUGAUAAAGUUUACUAUUAGAUCAACAUUAAUUGUUUAGAAGGACAUAGGAAGAUUUCCAAACGAUAUUCUGACUUGAAAGCAUUGAAUGAUAAAAUAAUAGAAAAAAAUUCUAACUUUAAACUUCAUUUAAAUUUGCCUUAAUUUCCAGGCCGAAAGAUUUUUGGAAGAACCAAAAAUUCUGUUGCAGGAAUUAAAUAGAGAGGAAAAGAAUUAUAGAAAUAUUUGGAAGAGGUUUUGAACAUUAAAUAAUUGCAAUCAUUUUAAUCAAUUAAAGAAUUAUUGCCUCAUCAACAAUUAUAUUAAGAAACUCUUUAGUUAACUCGUAGUGGUGAAUAUGAUAAAGAAGUUUGUUGGCUAUAAAUGGAUGAAUUAAAGCGAUCUUUUUUAGAGAGACAAGAAAAUAAAACGCCAAAAAACAAUAAGUCUAAAAGCAAGUCUAGCUUCAAUACUACUGGAUAUGUGCAGAGAUAUCAUUUUAGUAUUGAUGAUUAUGAAAUUCAGUAAGAUGUAGUUUUAUAUACAAUAACAUUGACAGAUGCCAAAAAGACAACAAAUUAUUAAUUUACGUCAAGAUAUAGUGACUUAAGGGAAUACCAUAAACUGCUUAAAAAAGAAAAUCUAAAAGUUGUGUUACCUGAUUAUCCAAAAAGAAAGAUCAUCUCUCAAACAAAUGAGAAUCCACUUUUCAUAUAAGAAAGAUUGGAACAACUUUAAAAAUAUCUAAAUGACAUAUUUGCAAUAAAGGAGUUAGUGUAGAGUGAGCCUUUGCAAUACUUUAUCACGAGAAUCAAAUUGGAAGGUAAACCCAUUCGUGUAGGCCCAGUUCAACAAAAACAGUAAAUUUGUACUAGUUCAGUCUUAUAUGAGAGUCAAGAGAACUUGCCUGAAAGAAAAAGCUCGUUUUGA